GGCCAGUCUGGGGCAGGAGGAUGCAUGCUCAGCCUUACCAUGGAACUGCGCUGUGGGGGGUUGCUCUUCAGUUCCCGCUUUGACUCAGGGAACUUGGCCCAUGUGGAGAAGGUGGAUCCUGAGGCUGGUGAGGGGGAGGGGGGCGGGGACGGGGGUCCACUCCCCACCAGCAGCAUUUCCCCCUCCCCUGACUACGAGUUCAACGUUUGGACGAGGCCCGACUGUGCCGAGACUGAGUUCGAGAAUGGGAACAGGUCCUGGUUCUAUUUCAGCGUGCGGGGAGGCGUUCCAGGAAAACUCAUCAAGAUCAACAUCAUGAACAUGAACAAGCAGAGCAAGCUGUACUCUCAGGGCAUGGCUCCCUUCGUGCGCACCCUGCCCACCCGUCCCCGCUGGGAGCGGGUCCGCGACCGGCCCACCUUUGAGAUGACAGAGACGCAAUUCGUGCUGUCUUUCAUUCACCGCUUCCUGGAGGGCCGCGGGGCCACCACCUUCUUUGCCUUCUGCUACCCCUUCUCCUACAGUGACUGCCAGGAGCUGCUGAACCAGCUCGACCAGCGCUUCCGAGAGGACCACCCUUCCCUUAGCAGCCCCCUGGACUCCAUUUAUUACCACCGGGAACUCCUGUGCUAUUCUCUGGAUGGGCUGCGUGUGGACCUGCUGACGGUCAGCUCCUGCCAUGGGCGGCAAGAGGAGCGAGAGCCCCGGCUGGACCAGCUGUUUCCUGACACCAGCACUCCCCGGCCCUUCUGCUUCUCCGGCAAGAAGGUGUUCUUCUUGAGCAGCAGAGUCCACCCCGGGGAGACGCCCUCCAGUUUCGUCUUUAACGGCUUUCUGGACUUCAUCCUGCGGCCCGACGACCCCCGGGCCCAAACCUUGCGUCGUCUCUUUGUCUUCAAGUUGAUUCCCAUGCUGAACCCCGAUGGUGUAGUGCGGGGCCACUACCGCACGGACUCGCGAGGGGUGAACCUGAACCGUCAGUAUCUGAAGCCAGAUGCCGUCCUGCACCCGGCAAUCUACGGAGCCAAGGCGGUGCUGCUCUACCACCACGUCCACUCGCGUCUGGGCCCACACCCCGCACAGGCGGCCCCCUUCUCUUACCUCGACCGAGCCGAUGAUCUCCACGACGGGGCCCAGCUGAAGCCCCGAUCCGGCGGGGGCCGCCCCGAACCCUGGGUCCGGGCUGAGCCGGGCGACCGGGACCCCGGCAGCUUGUGGAUCCUGGCCCCCGGGCCGGGUGAGCUUCGCAACCCGGUGGCCAAAGAGGUCAUCCCCCCGCAGGACAGCGGCGUGGCCUACUACGUGGACCUGCACGGCCACGCCUCCAAGAGGGGCUGCUUCAUGUACGGGAACAGCUUCAGUGAUGAGAGCGCCCAGGUGGGCACCCCGGGGCUCACGCAGGGGCGGGGGCGGCCUCCGGAGAAGGCCUGGGCCGGGGACGCUGUUGUAGUGGGCUGCGGCAAUGACGCACAGCCCGCCCCCUACCCCAUCCCCACACGCCGGGCCUUCGAGCAGGAAGCCAAGUGCCACUUCGAGUCAGCCAACGGCGGUUGGCAAAACGUGGGAACCCAUUCUUCCCCUUCUCCCUACGCCGGUACUGAGCAGAGAGCUGGUAGCCAGGACUUCUGGGUCCUCGUCGGAAGGCCCGGCCGGCCCAGGGGCUGCAACCACAGGACCGGCGGGGACUGUCUAGAUCUGUCCCCUCUCCUCUGGAUCACUGGGUGCAGGACGGCCAUGGCCCAUCAACAGUGCCUGCAGCCCCUGCUGAAUAUCAUUCGAUUGAUGGAUGGAGAGGAGACCCAGAACAUUAAGGAUAAGCCAGGGACUGCUCAGAUCCAGAGCAGAAACUGGGAACAGAUACUGCCCAGUCCAAAGCACCUCCCCAGCUUCAGCCCUGGGGUCAGAGGGUCUGCCCACCAGCCCAGGCUUGCAGAGGAGCAGCCAGCACUGGCAUAG